GUAUAUAUAAAUCUUCUUGGCCUCUCUCUCUAACACACUUUUUCUUAUAUAAAGACCAAUUCUCUCAAAUUAUCUGUCCGCGACCCGAAAACCGAGUGCGUAAACUGCUACUUCCCAGAGACGAAAUUGUGUGUGUGAAUCCCAAAUCGAAAAAAAGAAAAAAGAAAUUGUGUGUGUGAGUCUUCGUCGUGAUCAAUCUCUCUCUCUCUCUCUCUCUAGCUACAGUAAAAAUGGCGUCGUCUUCUACUGAAGAACCACAGCCACAACCACAACCUCAACCACAGCAGCAAGUGAAGGAGUGCGCUCACAAAACCAAGCUUAUUCAAUUCUUAGGUCGUACAACUCCUAUCGUUCUCCAAAACGACAAUGGCCCCUGCCCUCUCCUCGCUAUCUGUAAUGUUCUUCUACUGAGGAAUAACUUGAAUUUGAGUCCAGAUACAACAGAAGUCUCGCAGGAGAAAUUGCUUUCACUAGUUGCUGAAAGAUUAAUUGAUUCCAACAGUAAUGCCAAUAAUAAGGAUGAAGGUUAUAUUGAAAAUCAACAACAGAACAUUUCUGAUGCCAUUGAUCUGCUUCCUCGACUUGCAACUGGCAUUGAUGUAAAUAUACAAUUCAGGAGAAUAAACGAUUUUGAGUUUACUCCAGAGUGUGCCAUAUUUGACCUGCUGGACAUUCCACUCUAUCAUGGCUGGAUAGUUGAUCCACAGGAUCAUGAAACUGCUAAUGCAAUUGGUUUAAAGUCCUAUAAUACUCUCACGGGGGAGCUUGUAGCCCUGGAAACACAGAAUAUGGAAGGUAUACAUAAGAAUAAUCCUGAAGAAGAUUGUAUUGAUUUUGCUGCUGCAACAACUGCAGCUCUAGGAGUCCCUUCUCCAUGUCUUUCAAAGGCUACCUCUUUCGAUGAUUCUCCACGUUCAGUCUCUGAUAAUCAGAAAGGAAGAAAGGGGGACCUUGAAGAAGAAGCAGAGCUUUUGAGAGCUAUAGAGUUGUCUGUCGCUGACAAUUCAACUGCAGUGGGUGAUCCUCAUAUCAGUGGAGGGACUCAGUCUGUCAAUUCAAAUGAAGGGGUGUGCCUUAAGGAGGUUAUGCCUGUAGAUUUUGUAAAUGGGUUAGAGAAGUGUCAUGGUGUUGAAUAUAACAAUAUUCAUAAGUCGGAACCAUCUGUAGUAGGUGACUGCAAUGCUGCAAACAAUCACAAUCCAAUAUCUUUAAAAAAUACCCCUGGGCAAGCAUCUAGUUCAUAUUUGAAGACUGAUGUGGGAGAUCUCCUUCAUCAAUCAAUUUAUGCAGAAUCUGCAGAAAGUAUCCUUCAUAAUGAUAUUGUUGAAAAAAGCAGUGUUGAUACCUUGCUCCAAAGUGGAAGUGCCCCUUCCAUUUCUCCUGGAAAAGACACUGAAUCUGUCCAUGAGAGUCAUGUGGAUAUUACUAGAGGGAGUGAAGAACUUCAGAAGGAAUCCACUUUUACAACUGAUGUUCAUGAAUCUGCAGAUAAGCAAGAUGGGUGUAGUACAACAGAAUUAUCAAGCUUAUCUUCACCAUAUGCUGAUUCAGAUUCAUCUAGUGGGAGAAUUCAGCACAUAGAUGGUGCCGAAGCUUUGACUUCAAGUGUUGAUGGCAGUGAGCCCAUGUAUGAAGGAGAGGAAUGUAUAUUGGAUUCAAGAACUGCAGUUUUUGAGGACCGAGAACCUGUGUAUGAAGGUGAGGUGGUUCUUGCAGAACAAGCAGACAAAAGCACCAUAAAUGCCUUUAAUGUGAAGUCCAAGGAUGAAAUCACCCCACAACAAGGUGAGCUGAUCAGGAGCUUUUUGAAGAACAAUGCUAGUCAGUUGACCAUUUAUGGCCUUUUCUGCUUACAAGAUGGCCUUAAAGAAAGAGAACUUUGUGUUUUCUUCCGUAACAAUCAUUUCAGCACCAUGUUCAAGUUUGAUGGUGAACUUUAUCUUCUAGCUACAGACCAAGGUUACAUAAAUCAGUCUGAUUUGGUAUGGGAAAAACUAAAUGAGGUCAAUGGGGAUACAUUGUUCAUGACAGGUAACUUCAAGGAAUUUAAGAUUGAAAGUCGUGCAAAUGACAACUGGGAUGAACAUAAUGUUAUGGCCAGCACAGCUGAUUAUCUUGCCAGCAUCGACAGUGCAUCACAAGCGGGUUUUGAUCUAAAUUCUGAUCUGCAAUUGGCAAUUGCUCUGCAACAACAGGAGUUUGAGCAACAACCGCAACGUCAGAAUGUGCAGCAACCAUCACCCGUUAGUGGCAAUUCAAAGCUGGUUGUAGGUCCCCAGGGGCCAAGAAACAAUGGCAGAAACCCAUCCUCGUCCUCUUCCUCCAGACCUGAAGCAAAAGCAAAAGAAAAAGAAAAGUGUACUGUGAUGUGAAUUGUUCAUGCAGGCAGUUUGGAAGUUUGUUGUAAAUGGUGUGUUGGCUCCUUUGUAUUCCAGGAUAUUAAUCAAACUGUAUUUUCCGUAUAUGUGAAUAAUGGAAGUAUAUAGUACCACAUGGCUAGGCCCUCCAAUCUCCGCUAA